AAGAACGCCACAAUAUCGCAUUUGUGCCGCUACUCUGAAGUGAGCUUGACACUCAAACGGCUAGAAUGGCCCACUUUUUUGCGAACUCCCUGCUGCAGCACAAAACCCGCUAUCAGCUUUUGGCCACGGUAAUAGUUAACAUUAUUACUUUCGGCCACGGAGUGGGCGUGGGCUGGCUCUCGCCGACACUGACCAAAAUCCAAACGCCCGACUCGCCGCUGGACUUUGAGGUGAAUCUCGCCGAGAUUUCCUGGCUGGGUUCCAUGCUGGGACUGGGCAGCCUGUGCGGAAACCUAACCAUAGCCGUGCUGAUUGAGAGGGCGGGCAGGAAGUGCUGCCUCUACCUCAUGGCCGGCCCUUAUGCGUGCAUCUGGAUUUUGAUCUACUGCGCCUCGAAUGUGUACUACCUGUACGCAGCCAGGUUUCUGUGCGGGUUUACCGGCGGAGCAGGAUACUUGGUGGUGCCUAUUUUCAUCAGCGAGGUAGCCGAUAGCAACAUUCGAGGCGCGCUGACUUCGAUGGUGAUGCUAUCCGUCGAUUUGGGAAUACUGGCUGGCUACAUACUGAGCACUUAUCUGGCCUAUCAUGUCGUACCCUUCUUGGCCAUUAUCUUGCCCGUAGCCUACUUUAUGGCCAAUAUAAUGUUGCCCGAAACAGCCCCGUAUCUGCUGAGGAAAAGCCAGCUGGCUGCAGCAGAGAACUCCUACAGAUUCUACAGGAAUCAGCGGAGCGCAGACUGCGAGCUUACCUCAAGGACCAACUUUGAGCAGCUACGCACAGCGGUUUUGUCCCAGCAGACGAGGAAUGCCACGCCGCUCAGCUACAAGGACCUCACGACCAAGCCCGCCUUGAAAGGAUUCGCCGCCUCCAUUGUGCUGAGCCUGGGCUACCAGUUCAGUGGGGUGUUCAGCUUCAUCAACUACAUGUCCGACAUAUUCAGGGCAUCCGGCUGCAUUGUGGACGUCAAUACGGCCACUAUUAUCAUAGGCUUAGUCCAGAUCGUUGGCGUCUACACCUCGACCUUGCUGGUGGACGUCGUGGGUAGAAGGGUUCUGAUGCUGACCUCGACCAUGGGCGUGGGCAUCGGUUGCAUUGCCUUCGGCUGCUUUACCUACUUGGCCGAAAUCUAUGACCUCAGCGAUUUCAAUUGGCUGCCUUUGGUGCUGAUGAUCAUCAUCUGCUACGUGGCCAAUAUUGGGCUAAUUGGAAUCUUUUUCCUCGUGCUGGUGGAGCUGUUUCCAGUGAAGAUUCGCUCCUUGGCCACCUCGCUGUCUGUGAUUUUCCUGAGUUUACUCGUCUUUGGUAGUCUGAAGCUAUUCCCGCUGAUGCUGCACUACUGGGGCAUUUCGUAUACCAUGUGGUUCUCCGCCGCCUCUGGACUGCUGACGUUCCUUUACUUCUGGUUAUUUCUGCAGGAGACCAAGGGAAAGUCCAUGAUUGAGGACUAACAAGUAGCUGAAUUUGCUCCGAGUGCAAACCCUUUCAAACCAAUUGUAAGAUUUAAGAAUUCAUAUUUUAAUGCAAGCUGUUGGUUUUUAAUUAAUUAAUAAACGAAAUGUGCAAUAUGCACA